AUUAGGAAUAAACGGUCGUGCUAACCGACAUCCCACGUACACAACAUUCUUGUUGUGUUUAAAAACCUCUUAAACCCUAACACUCGGCCGCCCACCUUUUCCAAACACACUAAUCCAACAUCAUCAACCCCUUGCUCUGAUUCUGUGAUUUCUGCGAUCACUUUCUCAGGGCACUGCAGUUUGGUUUGUGCAUAAUAGUCGACCCAAGUUGUAAGCAUCAUGGAUCCUGAUCCGUUGGCUGGCUCCACCGGCAAUGCGCCAAGGAAGGUGAAAUUUAAACCAAAAGCUCCUCCCAAGAGAGUUAAAAAAGAAGUCCUCCCUAAAGCCGAGAAAGAAGAAGAUGACAUUGAUGAGGCGAAGGCAGAGCAUCUUCUACGCCGCUUUCAUGAAACAUCUUCAGGGAGGCCGAAGACUGAAAAGAAAGUUACGCUUGCUCAAGUUGCAUUUGGUAUUGGAGGAUCAUCUGGAAACAUCAAGUCAUAUCGUCCUGCCAAUAACGCAUCUUCUGAUGGGGUUGCCAAAGUGGCAAAAGAAUAUAAGGAACCGUGGGAUUACUACACGUAUUAUCCAGUAACACUACCUGUGAGAAGGCCUUAUGCAGGAAAUCCAGAACUUCUCGAUAAAGAAGAAUUUGAUGAAGAUCAGGAGAGACCUGAAUCUGAAGAACUUGCAACAAAUGCAGCUCAAGAACUUGGUCUAUUGGAUGAAGGUCAGGAGAAUAACAUGUUCUUCCUUCAGUUGCCAGAGAUGUUGCCCGCAAUUGCACGGUCAGCUGAUUCAAAAGUCCCGGAACCCAAGGACGUGAACCCCUUAGCGGGUCGAGGCAAAUCUCAAAACCUCUGUAAAUUGGAUUCACUACCAGAAGGAUUGAUUGGGAAAAUGUUGGUAUAUAAGAGUGGUGCUGUGAAGUUGAAGAUUGGCGAUGCAAUAUACGACGUAUCUGCAGGACUGAACUGCAUGUUUGCUCAAGAUGUUGUUGCCAUCAACACUGAGAGGAAACAUUGUUGCAACUUUGGGGAACUGACCAAGCGUGCAGUCGCAACCCCCGACAUAGACAGCAUGCUAGAAGCUAUGGCUGAGUUAUGAUCAUUCUUUUGCUUGCAAGAGUAUAUAUAAGGACUCUCAGGCAUAAAUAUGAGCAGAUAUGAGUUAAAUUUUGUGUCAUCUGUUAAAUUUAUUUCUAGAAGGAAAAAAAAAAAAAAACAAAUGCACUUGAAUAUUUUUGUUUUGAAUUUUUUUAUGAAACUAAAGCGCUUUCUUGAUGAAAUAUCACCUUAUUUUGUACA